AUGACGUCGCUUUUCCAAAUUCCGUCGCAGGAGAUCUAUGAUCGUCUCUGCAAGAGUCUACCAAUACCACCCCGCGAAUAUGCAAAAGCAAUUGCCCUCCCCGGGUCAGAAGUCGAGGGGCAUUCGCCCAUCUACAGGAACGAGUAUCGUCCUCAGGAAUUGAUCUCGAAUUUGCAUCCGCAAUUGGACACGCUACACUCGCUUUUUGAGUUCAGCUGCAUAUCCAAUGGCACUAAACGGGCGUUCGGAGUGAGGGAAAAAAUUAUUGGUGGUGGUGGUGGUGGUGUUCCCGAAGGAAAAGUGUCAUUUGGGCGUUAUGUGUGGCAGGAUUACAACACGAUCAAGCAAAGGAGAAACAAUUUGGGCUCGGGAGUAUUUUUCAUCUUGGAGAAUAAUCCCUAUAAAACUGAAAGUGAAGCCCAUGCGAGAAUCAAGUACGACCCCAACAGGAGAGCUGAAGAUGAAGGGUUUGUAUUGAGCAUAUUCAGCCACAAUCGACCCGAGUGGGCCUUGUGUGAUCUCGCUAGCGCCGCUUAUUCAAUAGUCAACACAGCAUUAUACGACACGUUGGGCCCCGACACGAGCAAGUAUAUCUUGCAAUUGACCGAGUCUCCCAUUGUCAUUUGCUCCAAGGAGAAAAUCCAGGGACUAGUCGAGUUGAAAAAGGCCCACCCUGAAGAAUUGUGCAAUUUGAUCGCGUUGGUCUCAAUGGAUAGCUUGGAUUUGAUGGUGGAGGACUUGCGGUUGAAACAAUUUGCCAACGCCAACAACAUUUCACUAUUUGAUAUCACACAAGUUGAGAAAAUCGGCGCUGCUAACCCGUUGGCCCCCAUCCCUCCAACCCCAAAGACCACCUUUACAAUCUCAUUCACUUCGGGGACAUCGGGCGCGAAUCCAAAGGGAGUCGUGUUGACCCAUGAGAAUGCAGUGUGCGCGGGAGUUUUCCGUCUCAUCAGAUCCAACGCCUCGCCCUCUGAGCCGUAUACGAUUUACUCGCUCUUGCCAAUGGCCCACAUCUAUGAGCGCUCAAACAUUCAAACUGCUUUGGGUGCUGGCCAGGCCAUUGGCUUUUCUCAAGGCAAACUGCCCGCUACGUUGUUGGACGAUGUGCGUGAGUUGCAACCGUCUGCACUUUCGUUAGUUCCUCGUGUUUUAACGAGAUUGGAAGCUGCGAUCAAGGCCCAGACUAUCAAUCUGAGCAACUCAUGGGUGAAAUACAUAUAUACCAAAGCCAUCAACGAGAAGAUGAGGUUGCAGGCGCUUCCUAGUGAAAACGAUUACAAUCCACCGCAUUUAGUAUAUGAUAGGCUUUUGAAUGCGUUGCGUCGCAAGAUUGGUCUUGGCAGUGUCAAGUUUAUCAUGGCAGGAUCAUCACCAGUCAGCGCCGAUACGGUCAAGUUUCUCAAAGCGGCGUUGAACGUAGGCAUCACCAACGGGUACGGGUUGACAGAGUCCUUUGCUGGUUUCAUUGCAGGUCCCAAGUUUGAAUACGACCCGGUUUCCGUCGGUGCUGUUGGCAUAACAACCGAGUGCAGACUACGAGAUAUCCCAUCGAUGAAUUACACCAGUAAGGACGCGGGCGGACCAAGAGGCGAAUUGCUCUUGCGCGGCCCGCAGAUUUUCAGAGAGUACUACAAGAACCCCGUGGCCACCGCGGAGUCGUUUGACAAGGACGGGUGGUUCUUGACUGGCGACGUGGCGAGAGUCGAGACUGCGCGCGACAACCGGAUGUUCCUCAUUGACCGCGUCAAGAACUUUUUCAAGUUGGCGCAGGGCGAGUUUGUCACUCCUGAAAAGAUUGAAAACACGUAUUUAUCCAGUUUCCCCUUUAUCCAGCAGAUAUUCGUACACGGGAACUCCUUGCAAUCUUAUCUCGUGGGUGUCGUUGGGUUGGACCCGACCACAAUCAAGCAGUACAUCAAAACCCGCUUCCAGGAUGAACUAGUUGAACAAGAAGACAUUUUGGCCUUUUUGAAUGAGCCCAAGAACAAACGCAUCCUCUUGCAGGAUCUAAACGUCUCGACCAAGACUAAAUUGCAAGGAUUUGAAAAAUUGCACAAUAUCUUGGUUGCGUUUGACCCAUUAACUGUCGCUCGCGGCGUCGUUACUCCGACUUUUAAAAUCAAACGGCCCAUCUGCACCAAGUUUUUCCAGAAUGAGUUGGAUGGAUUGUAUGCGGAAGGGUCCAUCUUGAGAGAUGAAAAGCUAUGA